AUGGUCCCUACAGAGCUGGUGGAGAAGGAGUUUUGGCGGCUGGUGAACAGCAUCGAGGAGGACGUGACGGUGGAGUACGGCGCCGACAUCCACUCCAAGGAAUUCGGCAGCGGUUUCCCCAUCAGCGACGGCAAAAGGAAGCUCUCGCCGGAGGAGGAGGAAUACGCCGGCAGCGGUUGGAACCUGAACGUGAUGCCGGUGUUGAAGCAAUCGGUGCUGUGCCACAUCAACGCCGAUAUUUCGGGGAUGAAGGUGCCCUGGCUCUACGUGGGGAUGGUUUGCUGGCACAUCGAGGACCACUGGAGCUACUCCAUCAACUACCUCCACUGGGGCGAGCCCAAGACGUGGUACGGGGUUCCCUCCUUCGCGGCGGAGCACCUGGAAGAGGUGAUGAAGAAGCUGACGCCGGAGCUUUUCGAGAGCCAGCCCGACCUGCUCCACCAACUCGUCACGCUCAUGAACCCCAACACCCUCAUGGCCCACGGUGUCCCUGUCGUACGGACAAACCAGUGCGCCGGCGAGUUCGUCAUCACCUUCCCCCGGGCGUACCACAGCGGUUUCAACCAGGGUUACAACUUUGCUGAGGCCGUCAACUUCUGCACUGCUGACUGGCUGCCUGCCGGCAGGCAGUGCAUCGAGCACUACCGACGCUUGCGACGUUACUGCGUUUUCUCCCACGAGGAACUCAUCUGUAAGAUGGCGGCUUGCCCCGAAAAGCUGGACCUCAACUUGGCGGCCGCCGUUCAUAAAGAGAUGUUCGUCCUGGUGCAGGAGGAGCGUAAACUCCGCAAAGCGCUGCUGGAAAAGGGUAUCACGGAGGCGGAGCGGGAGGCUUUCGAGCUGCUGCCGGACGACGAGCGGCAGUGCGAUAAAUGUAAGACGACGUGUUUCCUCUCGGCGCUGGCUUGUUACGACGGUCCCCAGUGCCUCGUCUGCCUCUACCACAUGGAUGACCUCUGCAAGUGCCCCCGCAGCAAGCAGUACCUCAG